UUACUGCUUAGUAAGUUAGUCUUUGAUGCAUCGUUCAACAAUUAUAAACUGUGUAUAAAAACAUGCUUGCCUAGUUUGAAAUAGUAAAUAUUAAGGUUUCUUAUGAAGUAGGAAAUUGUUAUUAUAGUCAAAAGGGAGCAAUGCCGAAAGUACGCCGAAGUCGGAAACCUCCCCCAGAAGGUUGGGAACUUAUUGAACCAACAUUGGAGGAAUUGGAGCAAAAAAUGCGAGAAGCGGAAACUGAACCACAUGAAGGAAAACGGAAACAAGAAUCACUUUGGCCUAUAUUCAAGAUACAUCAUCAAAAAUCUCGAUACAUCUAUGACUUGUUCUACAGAAGAAAAGCUAUUAGCAGAGAGCUUUAUCAAUACUGUUUAAAUGAGAAGAUUGCAGAUGCCAAUCUGAUUGCAAAAUGGAAGAAGACGGGCUAUGAAAAUCUUUGCUGUUUGAGAUGCAUUCAGACUAGAGAUACAAAUUUUGCAACUAACUGUAUAUGUAGGGUACCCAAAAGCAAACUAGAAGAAGGUAGGAUAGUUGAAUGUGUUCAUUGUGGUUGUAGAGGAUGUUCUGGGUAGUAACUGAGGUACCAUAAUUAGGACAAAUCUUUUUUAUGAAUAUUUGACACCAUGCAUGUCAUUUUAAAGUAUAUGAUUUGUGAGCUUACAAACACAUUGUGGCUAAGGGUAAAACUUCAGAUAGUUUUCUUUUUGGGAGAACUAUUUUAAAGGUAAAUCAACAAAAAUGUACUAUUUUGUUAAUGUCAUGGUUCAAAUGUAAAAUUGGUAACUGGAUUCUUUAAUAAACUUAUUUUAAAGUA